GAGUAUGCGCGGCCGACUCCCAGACGACAACUACUGCCUACACGACGGAGGCGUAUCAUAUGAUCGCGUUUCACAACACCGCAAAUCGCGACACGUCGUUUGUUAACAAUUCGAUCGACUUUUCGCGACGUCUAAAUAUGUAUGUCGAUGUAAAUUAGCCGGCGCAUUCCGUUCUGCUUCUAUCUCGUGCCUAUCUCUAUCUCUAACUCUAACCCGUCAUCAUGGUAACGAUCGAUCCAUUCACAACAAGAACUUGACGUGUGUGUGCUGUGCCCUGCCUCUGUGCGACUCUCGCGUGUGUGUUGUACUACACGCCCCGAGGCUCCGCUCGUCCUGUCGAUCAACGACCAUCAUGGGCAACGAGAAGAGCGUACCAACGGGUCUGGAAAUCGACGAGAAGGCCAUGGAGAUCACCGAUUUCUGGAGCCAUCACAACGCCUCGAUCAGCGGCUCUAACCCGCAAAACUUGUCGGUGUUUAUCAGUGAACCGUCCUUGCACUCGGAUGCCAGCUUCGGCAAGCCAUCGCCCUUGGAGAAAGCAGCUAAGAACUUGAUGCUCCAUCGACACCCAUGCAUACUCAAGUACGUGGCAUCCUGGUCCAAGGGUAGCAAAUUCUACCUAGCGUCUGAAGAAGUCAGACCGUUGGUUCAAGUCGUGGGUGCACAGACUACUCUUCAAAUAUGUAUCGGCUUGCACAGUUUACUCAGGGCUCUGCUGUUUUUGCACAACAAUGCAGCUAGUUCGCACAACAACAUCUGCAGUAGCUCUGUUUACGUGACAUCAGAAGGAAAUUGGAAACUCGGUGGGCUUGAAUUCCUCUGUAAAACCUCAGAUAUAACUGAGGCUUACAUGAGAAAAAUCAAGACUUUUCGUUAUGAGAAAGCAAUUUCACCUGAUGAAGAUACGCUCCUGCAAAAUAUUUCCAAUUUUCCUUCAGAAAUAGACAAAUUUGCAUUUGCAGUUUUAGCAGAGGAUGUGCUAAAACUCAAAAAUGAUGAUGAUGUACCAGGUCUGGCAGAUUUCAAAGAUUUGUGUAAACUUAGAUUUAAAGAUACAAGUCUGGCAUCUUUGCUGGAACACCCAUUCUUCAUGCAUGACUUCAUGAAGAUACAUGCAUUUCUAACUGAAUUACCUUUGAAAAAUGAAAGUGAAAAGGAAGAAUUUUUUACUGACUUAUUUGCACAACUUCAAAAAUUCCCUGAAAAAAUAGUUGCAGAACAGCUAGGAAAAUUAUUACUGUCAAGACUGGUUGUGUUAGAUUCUACUGCUCAAGCUAAAUUUCUGCCAUUAAUUCUUAAACCAAAAUUAACCGAUCAAGAUGUGGGUUUGUUAACCAUGUCUACAUUCCAAACUUGUUUAGUUCCACAAUUGUUACAAAUGUUCUGCAUUCGUGAUUCACCCGUGAGACUGUUACUUUUGACGCAUCUCAACAAUUUCGUCAGUAUGUUCCAAGUAGAGGAUCUCAAGCAUCGCAUUCUGCCCGAAUUACUCGUUGGCAUCAAAGAUACCGACGAUUUUUUAGUCAGCACGACCCUACGUGCUCUGGCCGAUCUAGUGCCAAUUCUAGGUGCGGCGACAGUCAUAGGCGGAAAACGCGGCCGACUGUUCACGGAUGGCAGGCCGAACAAACCACAUCGUAGCAAAAAAAAUCAUCGCGUUAAAUUCAGCACACCCAUCGAAAUCGUCCAGGGCGAAGACGAUCCUCCAGACGAGUACUUACCCGAGCGUCCGUCGCCCGACGGUGGCGAGGACAAGGAGGACAUUAUUUUAGGAAUAAGCGAGGAGGAGAAUUGGUCCGAUUGGGAAGUCAGUGAAUCAGAGGCUAACGGAACACCCGAACCGGAGGUGCCUUUGCAAUCGGAGCAAGUGCCCGACGAGAUAAUUUUGCAAGAGCAAUUGGCUAAACUAGAAGAGCCACCGAAAGUGAGCAUAACGCCGAAAUACGAGCGAAAAAUAGUUAUUCAAGACAUCAAUGAGCUCGACAUCAAAAACUCGAAGACGAUUUCGAAUGAUAAAAAGAACGACGAAGAGUUCGACUUUUUCCAGGAUAUGGAACCGGUAAUCGAAAAAACUCAAGUCGUUCACAUCGAAGAUAAGCCAAAAGAAAAGCCAGACACGCCGCACAAUUUCACGAUGAACAUUGACGCUGUCGCUACAGAUGAAGGUGACGGGUGGGACGAUGAAAAUGGCUGGGACGACGAAGAAAAAGAAUGAAUUUGUUAAAUGGUUGUUAUGUUUAGUGCAAAAAUUGCGCCGACGCCGAAGAAUUGUUCCUAAAUCAUGUAGAGCUACAGGUAUAGCGGUCAGGAACAUAUGUUUUUUUUUUUUUUUUGUAAUAGAUUCUAUAAGUAAGCAAAUCUAGGCAGUCAAUCAUGUGUACGUUUGUAAAUAACUCUUAUACAUAUUAUUUAUAUAUUAUUAUAAAAAAUUAAGAAAUUUUAUUAUCAAGCAACGUCAUUGACGAUUGUUUCGUUGUACAUAGACGUUCUCUAUCAAAUAUUCGCUGUUUUUUCAUGUAAAUAAUAUAACUGUUACUCUGUUUAAUUCGCGUGACGAUAGCGCAGAAGUAACAUCACAAUGAAUCGUACCACGUAAGAAACUUUUCGUUUGUUGUUUUUCUAAUAAAAAAAAAUUAUGAAUAUUGA